AACAAAAGGAAAUAGAAAAAGCAGACAAACAAAACUGAGAAGCUUGUUUUGGAGAAAAAAUACGGAAUCCAUUACUCAUAGCCAAAACAAAGAAAGAAAAUCUAUGUAAAAACAGUUUGUAAAGUUUGUGGAAUCUAUCCACUUUAAUUCCAGCCGGGAAACACAGCAGGAAAUUAUUCUGAUGUUUCUGUUUUACACAUACUGCAGGUGCAAAGCCCCGCCCCAGCUCGGGGGGGUUGGAGGGAUGGGUGGAGUUCUUGAUCACACCGUACACUUUUCACCUGCAACCCGUGCGAGUGGGUGUGCCCGGCGCUGUGAAGGUUUGAUGACACAUACAAUGCUGCACAGCCAGUCGCCUGAAACUCAGCAGAGAUAGUCAUGGGGAAGACAGGUGGAAGAAACGACUUUGAAUGGGUCUACACUGACCAGCCUCACACCUCCAGAAGAAAAGAAAUCCUGGGUAAGAAAGAGAAAAAAGACAAUUUUAACCACACGCAGGAAGUACUGAUCUGCUAGAGUAGUAAUACCGUGAAUUUUCUCUGACCACAGCCAGCUUAUAAAAUCGUAGCCGGUUCAACCUGUUUACUUGCUGUUGCAAAACGAGCUACAGUCCACAAUGGAUGCAGGGGCGAUGUAGAAACUGACAUACAUGUAAAGAUUAUGUCAGACUUCUUCAUUGAUAUGUGCUGUUAGUUAAAAUUACAACAAGUUUUAAAAAAGAAGUAGAAAAACUGCAGAUUUUAAGGUACACAUAACAAUUUAAAUUAUUGUACAUGUAAGUUAAAGAUGAUUUUUUUCUCCUGUUACUUCUUUUCCUGACUGAGUUUCUUUUUUCUCAAUUCUUACAUUAUUUGUGUGAAUAAGCUGCUUUUUUUAAGAAAAGGGAGCGUAGAAAUAAGAAGUGAGGAUUGUAAUGAACUCAUUCACCUUUAUCAGUGCUAAGGCAUGACUUUCAUUUCCCAAAAUAUUUCAGUCACACUACAUUUUUUUAAACUUGGUUGUUUGGUUAUCUCAUGGAAGUUCUGACCUACAGACCUAAGCUGUAAAUCAAGCGUCUCUCCAUCACCCCCAUCUUUGACUUACAGGACAAUAAGAGCACACUGAUAGCAGGUGCUGUUGACAAUGCCUCUGGGCUCACUAGGUAACAAGACACAUUCCCAGCUCAUGACAAACAUACAUGUAAGGCAGAGUGUGAACUGUGAAAAGAAAGGCUUUGUUAGAGUCAGGGGAUCAGGGAGGUUCCCUGUUAGAAAAACAGUCAUUCACAAAAACAACUAAAACCACACCUGUUGUUGAUGAUGAUACAGGCUGAUCCACAAAACUCUCAAACUUUAUUUUCUUGUUUUUUUUAUUCAAUCUGUCCUUGGCAGAUUUAUUGUUUCUUUGGAUGUAAAACACUUUAGAUCAAGAUCAUCUAGACCUGUUGAUGUACAUUUGAUCCUUUGCUUUGUCCAGCGGUCUCAUUGUUGCCCUGAUGAUGUGAAAGACUAAUCUUAAAGCAGAUGGGUUGUUUGACACCACUGAGUGUUGAAUAAUUCAAGCGUUUUGCUUUUAUUAAGCUGACCUGUCCAUGAUGUGAUGUGUCAGAGGUUACAGAGCAUAACGUCCUCUUACAUUAUCAUGUGACAGAGUUUGAUUGGCAUGUGUUUUUAUGAGUUGAAUGGAUAGUAUUUUUUUGUCUUGGUUGGCAUCUCAUAAGCUUAAUAUUACCAGGAGAAGGACAUCAGAGUAUGCCAUCACAGUAGCUGCAAAACUUUGACCUUGAAUGAUUUUACAGCUCUGAAAACACAAUAAAAUAUUCACUUUGACUUGUGAAAUGCUGUUCAGUCUGAAGCUCAGUUGAAACUCGUGGCUGAAACCUCCUACAUUUGAGGGGUAUACUGGCUUUUGUCCCUCUGACACAGUCAAGUGGGAAUAAUCUGUUGAUGGCUUUACAACAUGUUUAGCUAGUUCAAACAGUUUCUUUUAUGAUGUCUGGUUACUGAUUGAACUUAAUGUCAUAUGUGCCUCCUUUAAGGGCAACACCCUAAGAUCUGAAGCCCUCUCUAUAAAUAGGUUCAGCAAGUUAUGCAUCUGAGGUUGGUUCAAAAGUAGGAAAUGAAAUAUCUUGAGCAGCACUUUGAUUAAUAAUUGUUUUGAAAUGAACAGCCGUAGAAAAGAACGAGGAAUUCCUCUGAGCUAAACAUUAACUGAAAUAAAAGGUCAGAAAAGGGGAAAUGCCACUGAAACCAACCUCUGGUAUUUUUUAAACCUUUAUUUCCAAUUUGCAUAGAGGCAUUGCAAAAGCAGCUCAAUGCAAAGACACAUGGCAGAUUUGCAUGGGAUGUCAUGUGAUGUCUGAUGGCUAUGGCUCCAAAACCUUCUGCAUCUGAAUUUUGCAUCAACAGAAACCACCACACCAGAGCUGAGUGGGCUGGAAGGUGUGGUCAGAGAAACAAAUCACUCCCAGUAUGUCCCAAUGAGAUGACAAUGCUGUGAGUUUCAAACGGACAACAGCCCUUUAGAGUGGUUGGUGUUGCAUGACUCCCAUGUAUCUCUCAGAGUUUCCUAUCCCUCAGCAACACAACACCUUUGCCAAUUAAAAGUGACUUUUGUCAGCAGGCGUGGUCCCCAGGGUGGGUUUUGUAUCAUACAACAUGCACAAUAUGGUAACUUGUCAGUGUUGCAUGGCGAUGAAGCUUUUCACAGUGACCAACUUUAAAAAUUAGAGUAUUGUCUUCUGGAUUCAUAUCAGUUGCUUCAAACUUUUAAAAACAUCAUCAUUAAAGCCCCAGUGAGGAGUUUUUGAAACAAACCGAAAUUAACACCAAGCUCUGUAUUUGACAUACAAAAGCAAAGUGGACUUUUGAGAAGAUAUUUUUCUUUCCAUCCAUACAUAAAUCCAUUCAUCUUCUCGGGUCAGGGUCAUGAUGGCAGCAGAAUAAUUGAGCUAAACAUCCCUUUCUCUACAAUAUUUUACAGCUCCUCCAGGCGGGUCUCGUAGAGUCCAAGGCCGUGGUUUUUUCUCGAAAACCACAGACUUGGACUUAAAUACGCUAACUUUCAUCCUAGCUGCUUUACACCUGGUUGCAAAUGGCCCAGGUAACCUCUGGCGGUCCCAGCUUCAAGAGGCCAACAGAAUUACAUCAUCUGCAAAUGUAGAGUUGAAAUUCAGCGGCCUCAAAGUUCGAUCAUUUCUGAAUGUUUUCAUGUCUUUAAAAAACUGCUGCAGGAUAGAUGUCAAAGGCUGAAGAACUCUACUGAAACAGACUUUGUUUGCAUUUUUCUUUGUUUGCAACAAAGUGAGAUACAUUUGACUGUUCAAAUACAGCUGGAGGAAAAUUUUGUGCGAGGAAAAAAAACAGCUUGCACACAGGACAUGAUCAGCAAGAAGAUAUGAAUUGCAGAGAUAUGAAGUUCCUCAUAGGAGUAUUUUUUUUAAAUUAAAUUCAACCUGUUACAAUUCUCUUUCAUUCCUUAGCCAACAUUUUUUAACACCCUCCACUUUUAACCCUCACAUCGUACUGCUAUUUCUUACUCCAGCGUACUUCUAACUCUGACCAACUCCCUUCCUUUCUUUUCUCCUCAGCCAAAUAUCCAGAGAUCAAGUCCUUGAUGGGUCCAGACCCCCAGCUGAAGUGGGUGGUUUCAGGCAUGGUCCUGACCCAGCUCCUGGCCUGCUACCUGGUCCGUGACCUCUCCUGGAAGUGGAUCUUCUUCUGGGCGUAUGCCUUUGGAGGCUGCAUCAACCACUCCCUGACUUUGGCUAUCCAUGACAUCUCGCACAACGUGGCAUUUGGAAACAAACUGGCUAAGUGGAACCGCUGGUUCGCCAUGUGGGCCAACCUACCCAUCGGGCUGCCGUACUCUGCCUCCUUUAAGAAGUACCACAUCGACCACCAUCGGUACCUGGGUGGAGACCAGUUGGAUGUGGACAUCCCCACAGAUAUUGAGGGAUGGUUCUUCUGCACCCCAGCCAGGAAAGUGCUAUGGCUCUUCUUGCAGCCGUUCUUCUACGCUCUCCGCCCGCUGGUGGUCAAUCCAAAGCCAGUGUGUCAGCUGGAGAUCCAGAACGCAGUGGUUCAGCUUGUAGUAGACUUGAUUAUCUAUUACCUGUGGGGGCUGAAGCCAAUUGUUUACCUUAUAGCAGGAUCUAUCCUGUGCAUGGGACUACACCCCAUCUCUGGACAUUUCAUCGCUGAGCACUACAUGUUUCUGAAAGGACACGAGACUUAUUCUUACUACGGGCCGCUCAACAUGAUUACCUUCAAUGUGGGGUAUCACAUGGAGCACCACGACUUUCCCAGCAUACCUGGCAGCAAACUACCUCAGGUGAGGGCUGUCAAAAAUCACUGCUCAUUAUAUAACAGGUGAACUUUAGACUUGAGUCCUUAUUUCUGAGACUUUUGUUAGUUCAGUAUUCAAGAACGAGGUCAAGUCAGACUUUUACAUCACCACCAAGUGUGGGGAAGAAAAGGCAGGCCUCUCCUUGUCUUUCAAAGGCUCAGCAUGAAAGUAUUGAUCAAAACCACGUUUUUUUCCUCUAACUGUGAUGAAAGGUUAAGGUUUGUAAAUGAUUAACUCUGCCUAUCUGGUACCACAGGAGCCCAAAGAGAGUGUCAAUUAUACAACUCAAUCACCAAACAAUGUGGGGAAAGAAGGAUCAUAUCAGCCUGUUCUUACAGUUUUCAACAGAAUACACUUGAAAAUAAAAACAAGUAAAAAGCCUCCAUGACAAAAAACCUUGACAGGGCUCAAUAAAAUCUCAUUCUGUGCCAUAUCAAAAUGGACCAACAUUUAGUCCCUGAGGUACCUGUUGAUAAUUUCUAUCUUGGCUCAAAUGUUUGUUUUUUGUUUGCAGGUCAAGCAAAUUGCAGCAGAGUACUACGACUCCCUGCCUCAGCACACUUCCUGGACCCGGGUAUUAUGGGACUUUGUGUUCGAUGACAGCAUUGGCCCCUAUGCCAGGAUUAAACGGGAGUACAAGCUCAGCAAGCAGGAGUAGCCCUAAGACUGGUUUAGCUUUUCUUUUUACAAGGAACGUGAGUUUCAGUCCUUGACAGUCGAUGGACUUCGAUGGAGCGUAAUAUUCCCUAGUUGAACUGUUGUUGUGUUUUUCAUAAAGGCUGUUUAAUUUCCACUGAGCUUAAAUCAGCUAAAAAACAGGAAGAGGAUUCACAUACUGCUGGUUUCCUUUUGUCAUUAUUUAUUAAUGUUGUAUUCCUGCUUUGAACACAACUCACAACUGUGUGUAUUUCCUUGUAUGUAGGAGGCGCAUACAUAGUUAAUAUUCCCUGUCUGCAUCUGUAGCCUUCAGGAACUUUUUGUAUUCAACACAAAAACACAUUUUGGUAGGAUUAGGUCAUAAACAUUUUCAUGAGGUUUUACAGAGAUGUCACUUCCUCUGUGGUUAUAUAUUGUUGCCUUUAGCAUCACAGCUUCUAAUGGCUCACAUGAUGUCUAGGAUGACUGACAGUGAUUUUACUUUGAUCAUGCAGAACAGUGCUGAGGUGGAAAAUGAGCAGUGAAACUUACCCUCCAGUAAGAGGAGCCUUUUCUUCAGUGAAGCCCAAAUCUGCUCGUUCGCAGCUCUAUUGCGCUGUAACCUGAUAAUAUCUGCAGGGCGUGGACAAAAUAACUCACAUCGUGUUGAUAAAAAAUUGGUGAUUUAGAAGUUUACGAUGGGAGUGACCCCACUAUCAUUUCAGCAGAGCAGCAAAGUAUUGAGAUUAUUACUAUCACCUUUGUUCCCACCAGCUGAUCACGUAUUUUCCUACAUUCUGCCUCUUUAUCAAGAGUUUCAAGAUCCCUACUCUCUCUACACAGUUUUUCUUUGAUAGUAGAAAGCAAUUCUAAAUCUUUUAUUAUUCAUAAUUUCCAUUGUAGAAAUGGUAAAUCUUCAAUAGAUUACCUGCGUAACUAACCAGUGUAAUAAUGCUAACAAUAGAUAAUAAAAACUUUAUCAAAUCAGCUUAAGUUGACAAAUAAAGAUAUCUGAAGCUUUACCCAAGUCAUAUUUACAGCUGAGUUUCUCUGUUUUGCAGUGUUUGUUAUUUUGUUCAUGUUCUGUAUGUACAAAUUACACAAUGUUGUUUUACAAGCAUGAUUUUUGUUUUUUCUAUUUAAAUAACUGUAAUACAUAUAAAAUCAGUAAGAAAGGACGAAAGAAAAUCGGUGCGUUCAGCUUUUUGUUGUUUGGUGAAUUUCAAACUGUGUGUGCAUUUUUGAAUCAGUUAUGAAACAGACUCAGACAAACAGUGAUGCUUCUUAAUGGCCCCAAAGAGCAAACAAGACCAUCAGGAAGAAGACUAAUCAUAUUUAUGAGCAGUGUCUUCUGUUUUCAUCAGCAAAUUUUGACAGUGUGUGAUACAGCUGAAUACUGAAAGACAGCAGGACAAGAUUUGUAACUCCAGUUAACAGCUGCUGCUACAAUGAUGCUAUGCUGCAUUAUCCUGAUGUGGAUAAGCACAGUGAGCAUCACAGUUGAAUUUUCCAAUAUUUUUGCCUAAAAACUAGAGAUAAAGUUGAUUGUAGGUAUAUAACUGAGCACUACAUAACCAGCACAGGCAUGUGGAUGCUAACAAUCAAGGACCAUUAGUCACACCUAGGCCUGUCACGAUAACAAAUUUUGCUGGACGAUAAUUGUGCUACAAAUUAUCGCCGAUAAACGAUAUUAUUGACACCAUUUUUUUAAUUAUAGAUAAUGAUAUUAUAUGGCAUAAUAAUGCGAGUACACCAUGUCAAAAGUGAUAAACUUUAAUUUCCACACGAGAACAACACUGGUUGUUUUCGUUGACUAAAAUAUUUCCCUUUUCUCCCACGACGAAGACGUAACGUUGACGAGCUAAACAUAAGUCGGAGAUGACUAAAGUGUGACGAGACGAAAGUGCGUUUACGUUGAUGGGACGAGACGAAAAUGACGAACAGAGUUGCAAAACUCAGUCAGUUAAAGGCUAAACAUACAGGAGCAGCUUCAGUCCGCUCUGACAGCUCUCAUCAGCCUGCUGUGCUCCUCCAACACACAGACACACACGCACGCGCGCGCGCACAAACACACGUGGAGUUUUGUGUUUGACGAAAACAAAACUGGUUUAAAGCCGAAAUAUUCCCACACUUGGGCUGUUGCGUUCGGUUUAGACACCAAAGCUGUCGUGUUCAUUCUGUUAGCUUGCUUUUCACUCACGACGCUCACUUGCAGCACUGUAUCCAAAAGUCUGUGUCUGUGUGCCUGUGCGCGCCUACGUGUACCUGCGCGCGCGCCCCCCCGUGACAAAGAUACUGAAUGACUGACAGGAGGGUUCACUAACUCCGUUCAUUCCGCUAUAGAGCCAACGCCCCCAGGUGCCGAGAAAAAUGCGCAGAGUGAGACCUCUUCUCUCAUCCAGCGUGUUUGGUAGCGAGAGAGGAGGAAAACAAACGCACGUCAAUUAUCGCGGCUGGCAAAGUUAUCGACCUCGUUUUUAUUUAUCGAGCGAUAAGGCGAUUUAUUGAUUAUCGCGACAGGCCUAGUCACACCAGUCUGACAUUGUUUCUGCUUUCUAGGUCUUACACUCUGAUAAGUCAGCUGGUCUGUGUUUAAAAUGUUGUUUCAGAUGCUAAGAAAUGAACCGCUUUAAAACAUCCCUGACCAAAUGGACGCAAACCAAAGGUUCCACACAUCAGCGUUUAACGUGAUGAUUUUUUACCCUGGAGGUGAAAACUCUUAAAAAAACCAAACAACAGGACUCAAGUGAAGAAACAGACACAGUGGGAUAUUGUGUAGAUGGUUGACAGGUCUUAUUGUUUUUGUUUGAAUGAAAUUACUUCCAGCUUGUAAAUCAGAACGUAGUUGAGAGCGGACAGAGUGGAUAGAAUGCAACAACCAAGAUUCAACCAAAUCCUUUCUGCAGAGACAUAAUAAACUACCAUCACAUCGGCCUAUCAUUCACUUUCUGCACAUUCUUCUCUAGGUAAAAUUUGCAUAUUGCCAGAACACCUCCCUCCAUUCCCCCCCCCCACGAUGCUACCAUCAUCAAGUUCAAUAUUUCAGUUAAAGAAAAGGGAAUCUUCAGGGAAACAAACCACGAUAAUAAAUGUACCACCGUUUGUAUUUUUUUAUUCUUUUUUCUUUAAACCAAAUAAAAAAAAACUAAUUGGUAAGAGAUGGGGGAUUUCAUGCAUACUUCAGAGGUUCACAAAGCAUAGGAUGACUAAUAGGACUAUACUGUUUUAUAUCUAGGUAAAACCAGGUGGCACAUUUACAGUUAUCGGCCUGUUUUGUGAAUGAUCCCCGUGUUUCGAUGAUCUCACACAUUUGAACAGGUAGAGACAUCCUCCUUGGUCACACUGGAGUUGUAGAGCGGAUUUUUAUUGUGUGUUCUUGGUUAAUUUCCCCAAAAUGU